UUUCUCUCCCAGGGCCCAGCUCUUUGCCUCCAGUUUCCCUCAGGCUUAUCUCUUCUUGGAGCCAUGUCUUCUCAGCAACAGCAGCACUCAAAGUGCCCGCCCCAGCAGGCCCAGCAGCAGCAGAUGAAGCAGCCGUGCCAGCCACCCCCAGUCAAAUGUCAAGAGACCUGCUCACCCCAAACCAAGGAUCCAUGUGCUCCCCAGACCAAGAAGCAAUGUCCACCCAAAGGCACAGACCAGCAGAAGUGUCCCUCAGCCCAGCAAGCUCCCAAGAGUAAGCAGAAGUGAAGAUGCACUGGGGAUGCCACCUGCCCAUCAUCCCGGAAGAUGAUGCGCGGAAGAUGCCACCUGCCCAUCAUCCCGGCUGCCAGAUGGAGCUGCCUCUUCUUCCUGCUCCCCUUUCUUCCAGUUCCAGGACGCCCCCUCCUCCAUCUACACAGGAGCCAAUGAAACAUCUUGUGUUCCCAUCAAAUUACUCAACAAAUACAAUGCUCCUUCUAUAUGUCACCUUGGCUUCUCCUGUGUGCCACCUUGAUGCUCUCUCAGGUGGGCAUGAAAGAGAUUCCACCCUCCCCAGUCUCUAGCUUUGCCAAUAUUAUGGCUACAUUCAUGUUCUAAGGCAAAGAAAGUAUCUGGGCAUCUUCUGGGGUUCUAUCCUCACAAAAGUGGGCCCCAUGGCUGACAGUUUCUACCUCAGUUCUUUCCCCAGUGACUCCUUUUGAUGCUUCUCUCCAAUUUCCCAUGCUAAUACAUUUGUGUUUCACUUAAUAAAAUUUUUCUCCUUCCUUG